UGGUGGUAUGCGUUCAAAUCACUCAACUUGGGAUCCACGUCGUCCCAAUUUAUACGAAGAAUUGAAAGCACCACCAGUACCGGCCCAUGGCAAUCAUUAUGGUCAUGUACAUAAUAUCAAUGAGUGUACCUAUAAACAUCCAGGCAUGGAAGAUGAAAUCUGCCCCUAUGCCACCUUCCAUCUGUUGGGCUUCCGCGAAGAAAUGGACCCCACCAAGGCAAUGAACUUCCAGACCUUCCCCCAUCAAAAUGGUCAUGCUCCACCCGGUCAUGCUGGUACCAUGGGACCACCUGGACAUCCUGGCCACAUGCACUCACGUUCCGGUUCUCAAUCGAUGCCACGUGCCAAUCGUUAUGCUCGCAAAAAUAGCCAGGGAGGACAAUCAUCGAUUUAUACCCCAGCUCCUGAAUAUGAUGAUCCCGCCAAUUGUGCUGAAGAAGAUCAAUAUCGCCGCUACACUCGCGUCAACUCCCAAGGUGGCAGCUUGUACUCUGGCCCCGGACCCGAAUAUGAUGACCCAGCUAACUGUGCUCCCGAAGAAGAUCAAUAUGGCUCUCAGUAUGGCGGCCCAUAUGGUACACCUUAUGAUCAUUAUGGCUCUCGCGGUUCUAUGGGAAGACGUAGUGUUGGUUCCGCCCGCAAUCCAGGUGGCAACAGCUCUCCUGAACCUCCACCACCACCACCACGUAACCAUGACAUGAGCAACUCCUCAUUCAAUGAUUCCAAGGAAAGCAAUGAAAUAUCUGAGGCCGAAUGUGAUCGUGAUCAUGGACCACGUGGCAAUUAUGGCGAAGAUACUAAAGAUGCUGUUAAAAGGUCUCCCAUCCACAAGGAUCAACGUACCACCGAAGAAAUGCGUAAAUUAAUUGAAAGAAACGAAGCCGGCCCAAAACAACUCCAACAACAAAGUGGCGCAGGAUUCACAGCCUACGAUACUAUGGCAGUGUAAUUUGUAAAUUAGCUUCGAAGAUAAUGCGAAAAGCUAAGUAUGCAAAACACCUCAUAAUCA